CCGACCGUGGUUAAGUCCAGAGAAGAUAGCCUUGCAAUCGGAGUCGCGGUAGACACUAAUUCUUUCGGAUCGGGAGGGCUCUGCGUACACACUGCGAUCCUUACGCCGCAUGUUGGCCGUAAGGACUCUCCAAUAACGCACAGCCGUUGCACAGGUGAUAGGCCAUGGUAAUCGUCAGCUGACACUGCUAAUAGACUGUCACCCAUGCGAUUGGGAUGCAUUUAUCGGGCGGUGAGCUGAGGCAGAAUUGAUAUGUCCUGGGCGGGGUAGAGCUUUUUGGGAGCAAGCACGGCCUCGUAUAUUGCUUGAGGGUAAUCCAGACAUAAACGUUAUCUUCCUAGUUGCAUCACCCCGCGUCUCAAAAAUUCCGAGAAACACAAUAAUUGCCCUGCAAGACUUCGCCACGUUCAACAACGUCCACUAUCUUUCUUCUGUUCUCCUCGAAUCUAGCACAUCAUGUACCUACCCCUCGGUGUAGCGGCUCGGAUCAUUUGUAACCCCACUUCCGAAUACGAUGAGAAAGUUGUCUCUUUGGCGGCUGAUGGCCUAUCCAUCAGUCCGAUGUUGAGGGGACUGGCUUAUGAAGGAAGCCUGGGUUCAUGGCUUAAGCAGUACUGGGGCGCCUUGAGGGCUUGGCUGUCCCAGCCACAGAUCAUCGUGGUAGUAAUGACAUGGGCGAUUGUAUUCACUGUCGUGAGCAUUGCCAUACUCGGCCUCGGAUUUGGCCCAGCCGGAGUCGGCGCCGGAACUCUCGCUGCCGUUUUCCAGUCUUCUAUGUAUGGAGCUUUCACUCCUGCGGGAGGCCUAUUCGCGACGCUGACAAGCAUGGCCAUGUUGGGAACAUUGAUGCCAUGAGCUGCUGUCGUUUCUGGGGUUCUUGCGACAUUGGCUGCAGGUAUAGUGUGGGGAUAUGGUGUUGGAGGUGGUUAGUGCGCAUACGAAGUGGAUUGAUUCCCCGUCUGGCACCAAAUGAGGCUGCGGUGGAGAUGCACGAUUGUGCAUUGGUCUAUGUUCAAA